CCGCUAUAAUCUCUUUAGAGCGGCUGAGUCGUGUCUAAAUCCUUACGGAAACGCAUCCACUCUGCGGGCUGCUCGUAUGCUCCCUUCGAUGCUCUCCCAUGAAGUCCUUGCUCUGAAACAGUGCUUCCAACGUGGGCUUGUUGCUGUAAACGGACCACACCCUGCAUUUUUGCAUUGCUCUACGAGUCCGAGGCAGCGCGCUCUCAGCACAACCCCUACCACUAGGGCAGGCUCUGUAGCCCAAGAAUCUUCGCUCACAAGUGCGGAAGCUACGUCGAAGGCUGACGAAUCUCCUGUGGAACAGGCAGAAACCUCGAGUCGUCAGCCCCAAGCGUCUUCGGGAAAAAGAUUUGCUGACCUCGUUCAGGAUCUCCUUGGAAAACCCGCAGUCCCGCCCAAGCGAGCCCAACUGAGAAGCGCAGAAGAGAAGGAAAGAGCAUGCCAGAACCGAGAGGCGAAACAGCGGGCGAUGGGAUUCCUGCCAAUUCCGACCAUGCCUAGUGCACCCAAGUACCCGUGUCCCUACCUCACCAGGGAUGAGAUCUCGUUGUAUCUCGUUCCUCUAUACCGGGACGGGUGGGUCGUUGGCAGCUCGGAGUUCUUGAAAGACAAGCGCCUGCCGCGGGAUGAAGAUAGUGCUUCGCCGGAACUCACCAAGGCCUUCUUGUUCGCGCCGGAGCACCGUGAUGCAAGGCUCGAAUUUGCGCAGAGCGUAGGUCAGUUGCAGACUACUGAGAAGCACCACUGUACCGUGUUGGUCGACGACCAUUCCGUCCGGAUCCGGACGCACACCCACUCGGCGCGGCCUCUGAGCUCUAGCCAGCGUGGUACAGAGCCGCUGGCACGCCUGCGCCCUGGCAUCACGCUUCGCGAUGUGCGCCUCGCCUACCUCGUCGAGAAAAUCUUCCGAGGCUACCUCGAGCGCGGCACGGCUCUAUGGCGGUCGCAGUUCAUGACUAAGCCCCUCAUUCGCCCGCUGGUGCCUUACGACAUCGAGCGUAUGCGGCUGAUGCCAACUCGUACCUUCAAAUGUCCGGUGUGCCGAGGGGCGCACGCAGUGAGGGAUUGUCCAAAAAAGGACAGUGUCAAGCCUCGGACACCGUGCAAAUGUGGGCAGAUGCACUGGAAGGCUCAGUGUGAUGCAUCUUAGCUCGUAGUUGAUGACCGGGCAAUGCUUAUAACAUUUAUAAAUGCACGGUUAUCGGUCGGGGGCACCUAUUGGACUCGUGGUCCGACAUGAUAGUACUCAAUAGAUCUGUUGUCGGGCUAGGAGCACUACCGUGACAUCCUACAAUCCCCAACUGAUCAUAUCAACAUCCAGUCCCACAGUUCACUUUACAGUAUACAUUUGUCUCCAUCGACUCAAGCAACCAGACGUUUGAAGAGUUGA